CAUAUUUUUGUUUGUCCCCCAAAGUUACACGACUUAAAAACUAUAAAAAUUAUUUGUCAUAUUCAUUCCAAAGAUUAAACAAAAUGGAUGAGGCAGAACUAACCAGAAAAGCAGUGGAAGAAAUAAUGCGGGAAAUGCAAAUGGAAAAAGAUCGCAGCCAAAUGCCCCAAAUACAGGAACGGAAAAAGAAUCCUCUAGGGCCCAAGCCCAAUAAGGAUUUUCUGGGACGCACCAUAAACUCAGUGAUGACACACAAUAAGCGCCAGCAUGAUCAAAACUAUAAAAAUUGCCAAAGAAAACUUAAAGAUUUGGACAAUGACAAACAUGAUGAUACACUAGCACGUUGCAAACGACAUAAGUAUCGUGGGCAUCGCAAGGAAAGAAGAAAGCGAAAAUGUUCUCAAUCUUCACAGUCCAGCUCGGACUCAGAUAGCUCUAGCACCAGCUCUAGUGAGGAUGAAAAGUAUCGCAAGAAAAGUAAAAAACUCAAGAAGAGGAAAAAGAAAAAAUGUGAGAAACAAAUAUCCUCCCGCGAAUCAUCACCAACUACAUUGUCAUCAACAUCUUGUUCCUCCUUCAAAUCAUCAUCAUCAGAAUGUUCCCACGAGGAAGGCAAUGGAAAGAAGAAAAGAAAAUAUAAAAAGCAUAAAAACAAAAAGCAUUUAAAUAUUGAAACGGCCCAGGAGGAUUAUUAUUCCGAAUUAUAUGCUGCAGAGCCCAUGGAUGGCAAUUUAGGGCUUUACAUGAAUCCUAAUAUGGCUUUGGCAGCAGCCAUGGCUUACAAUCAUAUGAAUAAUUUGCUACAAACACCCACCAAUCAGCCACCCACGACAGAUAUACUCAAAGAUGAAUUGGCAGCAAGUGAGGAGAACGAGGAACAGAAGGUAGAUAUUCCCAGCGAUUUAAGUCUAACUUAUCACAGCAGUGAUUCAGGAGAAUUAAAUGUUACACUCAAUUCUUCCUCCGCUGAAGAGGAUGAAAAUGGCAUAUUGACUUUUAAUUUGUCUUCAGAUGAGGAUAAAGGGAAAACUAGCCUAGGUAAGAAGAAAUGCUUAGCUAGUGCUAGGGAGCUUAUGCGAAAUAGGAAAAAGAAAAUAAGUCAUACAAGUGCCAGCGAUGAUGACGAUGAUGUUGAAAGUGUCCACUCACACAUUUCCCUGGAGGAAUCGGAUGUUUCGCUUGGGAAUUCCGCAAAUAUAGUGCAUGUGUCCAUUUUAAGCAGUUCAUCGUUUGAUUCGGAUUGCCAAGAAGUGAAAGUGGAGGAAAAUAUGACAAAAAUUGCAGAAAUUAACAGCGUUAGAGAAACAUUAGCGAUACAAAAGGAAGAGGUUGAGUCUACGGAACCCCCAGGAGAGCAAUUUAAAGAAAAACUAAUUGAGAUCACAAUUACAAAUGAACAGAAGGAUGAAACCAUUGAUACAAUAGAUGAAAUAUACAAGGAAUCCGCUGGAACAACUCAAUUGAUGGAAAAGGAUGAUGCUGAAGCAGAUAAACAUCGUAAGGAGAAUGAAGAGUUAAGCAUUGUAAAAACCCAAAAUAGUACUGAAAAGCCCAAGGACUCCAUGGAAAUACAUUUAGAAAGCACGUUUACAAAUAAUGAAGAGAACGAUAAUGCAAAGUUUGAAUUAUCUCAGAACACCGUUUCUUCCUGCCCCACGGUAGCAAAGAAAGAUAUUGAAGUUGGAAAUUGUGCAGAAAAUGAAGGCCAGAGCAGUCCUGAAGAGGCAAGAAUUCCCAGGGAUUCUGAUUGCACUUUGCAAGAAGACGACAUACUCAAUGAUUCUUCUAUAACUAUUAAAUGUUCCUCUGAAGAGGUGAAAAAUACAAAUGAAAAUGUUUCCCUCAUAAGUGUAGAGAAGAAUCCCAUAAAAGAUGAUAAUGUUGUCGAAGGGGAAACCAUGAUGAAAACCGUUAAGAGAGAAAAUUUUAAUUUUGAACAGACUUCAGAUGAACAUAACAUAAGUAAUAGUCGAGAAGAUGAUCUAAAAUCUUUGAAACCCACGCUAGCUUUAGAAAAGGACGAAAGAAGGCAUAUGGAGAAAAACUCUUGCAAAAAAGAAGUAGAAAAUGUUAAGGAUGAUGAAAAUAUUACUACAACCGAUGAAGAAAACAUUAAUAAGCAAACUGAAAACAUAGUAGAGGAUGCCGCAAUAAAUCCGGAGUAUGUUAAAGAUGAAAACGCCCAGAAAUGUUACACUAUAAACGAGGAAUAUGUGGUCGAUUUAACAGAAGAUUAA